AGUACUGUAGGAAGGAAAAAUACAUUUAAAGGAAGUCAAGGGAGUGGAAAGAAAGACUGCAAAAAAGAUCUGAGCACCUCUUCAUGCUCACUGUUCUGGCACAAGAUCUUCUUGCAAAAGUUCUCAUCACUACACCACAAAAAUCAUUCUGUAUGAAUUUGUGUAGGGUGCAGGUGGAGAAAUAUUUAACAGAAAGCAGCAGGUUGAAGAACUGAAAACUGCAUGCUUAGAGGUGUCAUGAGAAUGUCUCCCAACCACUGAUACACUCCAGGCACCAGUGGUACUGUGGAACCCACAGGAACUGACCCAGUUCCAGCACUUGCUCAGUUGACAGAUAGAUUGCUUCAAGCAGACUGAACGUGAUGACAUCAAAACCAGGUGGAGAAGAGUUUCACAUGUGUGUAUGCUGUCUCAUGCUAGGACUGGGCCCCAUGCCCCUGUCUGUCGGGAGAGAAAGAUCAUUUCAAUAUCAGAAAGUGCAAGAAAUCAAUCAGCCAAGCUGGGAAGAGGAGAUUGUCUCUGAGCUUAGCGGCGUGUCUCAGCACAGAAGACUGGUAGUAAACAAGCAACAGAUCUGCCGGCUGUGGAAGCCACAGGAGCAAAGCCUGAGCAGGGACCAGGAUGAGCACUCCUGCAGAGGAUCCUGUGAUGCCGAGCUGGGUCUUACACUGUUGGCCAGACUCCUGAAUUCUAGGAAUGACACUAUAGACCCCUGUGAGGAUUUCUACAAAUAUGCCUGUGGCAGCUGGGAAGGCAAACACUCAAACAGAACCACAGAAGAAUCACUAAAUGUAUUUGAUGUGUUGUUGGAAGAAAACCAGUUGAUCCUGAAAAGGCUCUUAGAGGCCCCACAGUCUGGGAUAAGAGGCUCAGCUAAGGAGAAAGCAAUCCGGUUCUAUCGAUCCUGUAUGGAUACGCAACGGAUAGAAUCCCAAGGAACUCAACCAUUGAAGGACUUCCUAAAUCAGGUUGGUGGAUGGAAUAUGACAGGUGCAGGGAAAGCAGAAGACUUUAAUGAAACUCUUCGGACUCUCAUGGGCAGAUACAGCACAUUUCCCUUUUUCAGAGUCCAUGUAGGACCCAGUCCUUUUGACCUCAAGACCAAUAUUAUUCAGAUUGAUCAUCCUGAGUUUGAGAUGCCACCUGAGAGUAAAAUCAAAGAACAAAAUUAUCUUGAGGUAACAUAUCAGAGGCUGAAGAAAGGUAAAAAGGUUCUCCGUGUGUAUCUCUCAUAUUUGAGGAAAUUGGGGGGCCUACUUGGAGGGCCACUGGAUGAUCCCACUGAUUCCUUUUCCCUUACUUUAUCCUUCAUCUCUAACCUCCAGCGAGUUGUCACCCCACUGCAGGAAAGACAGCAGAGGGGGAUGCUGUUCUUUCGCACUACCAUUAGGGAGCUACAGGAAAAGGCACCUGCUAUUGACUGGCUGUCGUGUCUCCAGGCUGUCUUCCACCCUAUGCCAAUGAACCUCUCUCAGCCAGUUGCAGUGCAUGACAUGGAUUACUUAAGAGGCAUGUCACAGCUCAUCAAACAGUGGCACAAGAAAAGGAUCCUUCACAUUUAUAUGAUUGUUUGUCUGGUUGGGAAUCUCUCACCAGCCCUUGACAGUAGAUUCCAAGAUGCACGCCUGGAGCUAUCUAAGAUUCUUUAUGGAAAAAUGGGAUCUAGAAUGGUCCCAACUGAGCGCUGGAGGAAGUGCUUGACUGAUACCAGCUCUUUCUUUGAGCCAGUUCUAGGGCAGAUGAUUGUGCAAGAAAUUUUCCCUCAGCAGACCAAGAAACUUGCUGAGCAGAUGUUCUCUGAAAUCCAAAAUGCUCUCUAUGGCCAACUGGAUCAGUUGGAAUGGAUGGAUGAACAGACCCGCCAAGAGGCUAAAGUCUUGGUUUCCAAACUACAAGUGGACAUUGGCUAUCCAGCUCACAUACUCCAGUCUGCCAAAGUGAACCUGGAAUACCAGAAUCUGGAGAUAAAUGAAGACACUUUUUUCCUCAAUGUGGUGGCUUGCUUGAAAGUACUGAGGGAAAAUUCCUACUUGAAACUCCUUCAGAAUCACUCACAGGAUAACUGGUAUGUGUCCCCCUGGACUGUGCGUUCUUACUACUCAAUAAGGCACCACAUGGUGGUCUUUCCUGCUGGAAUGUUCCGCAGCCCUUUUUUCCACAUGGAGUUUCCCAGUGCUGUGAACUUCGGAGCCAUUGGGGUCUUCAUGGCGCAUGAACUUCUUCACACAUUCUAUGGCUAUGUGCUGCCUGGGGGCUGUCCUACAUGCAACAGUAGUGCACUACAGAAAUCUAUAGACUGCUUGGUUGAACAGUAUGAAAGCUAUGGCUUUAAGGUCAAUGGUACUUUUACACUGUUGGAGAAUACAGCUGACACUGGAGGGCUUGCCAUCGCUUACCAGGCCUAUAAGAAUUGGCUGAAAAAGCACAAAGAAGAGAAGGAUUUACCUAAGAUUGGACUUUCACAUGACCAGCUUUUCUACCUCAGUUUUGCUCACGCAAUGUGUGGACACCAGGAUCCUGAGAAACUACAGUCUUCCCUGAACACAGAUCCUCACAGUCCUUUGCCACUUCGUGUUUGUGGGUCUGUCAGCAACAGCCAGGACUUUGCCAAGCACUUCUACUGUCCCAGUGGAUCCCCAAUGAACCCACACAAGAAGUGCCACAUCUGGUAAUCUGCCUGGAAAAGGAGGAAGAGAAGUAUGUCCUCAGUGAGAGAAAGACCUGACCUCCUCUACCUUUCUUUUCUUGUUAUCCUUUCCUCAGCAGCUGAUGGUAGCAAAUUUUUUCCACUGAGCUCAUAAGGAAAGAGGCUCUCCUCCUACUGCUCUCAGCACACUGUCCCAGAUUAGACAACUCUGGAGUUCAGCAAGUCCCACAUUAGUAAGAUGACUAGCCAGUCUCUAGUAGGCAACAUCUGAGAAGCUGUAAACAGAAGGACUGUUACAUUAUUAGUCCCUCUGUUCAGUGUAUUUCCUUGUCUACUCCAGCAGCCUCACAGUCAUGUUGAAUGGACAGGUCAAUAAACUGGAGGUCUAAGACCUGUUCAUGUAAGAUUGGCUCUUAGGGAAAUCCUGUGCAUUACUAUGCAAACCACACAUGUAAGUUAGCAGAGAGGGAAGAAUCUUCUUCUUUUCUCCUGCCAAUAAAUGGAGAUGGGUACUAGGAAAGACUCAGUGGCUGCAGCUUCUAGGCUGAAGGAGACAUCACUUAAUAAUGAAGGUUACUGAAGGCCUUCCCAGUUCUGUUUUUGUUUCAUCAGGAAAUCUCCUAGAACAUCCUUAUUGGUGGGAGGGGACUGGAGGCUGAGCAUAGAUUCUCGUUCUUCUUCCUUUUCCAAAAAGGUUGUCUUUUUUUAGUCUUUAUUUAUGGUUGAGGAUAUGGCUGAAGGUGGAGUAUGGGACAGUCACAAGGGUUUCUAGAAGUCUCUGAAGACUGAACAAUUAGAAUUCCAAGAACUUCUCUGGAUCUGAACCUGGUUCUCUCAUGCUAAAAGUUCUUUCAUCACUACAUUUGUAAAUAUUUACCAUCCAAACAGAGAAGCAGAGCUGCUGUAGGAUUUUACUUUCUAUUUGAAAUUGAGUUUUAGGUAUUUAUUUACUUUAGAGGAAAAAGAGAGUAGGAAGUAACGUAUUUUAAGGUAGCAGGAGAAGUGCUUAAAGCACAUUCUCAAGAUUAACACAAUAAUCAUAUCAUUUUCAGGUUCUGAUAAUUAAAAAUUUAUACCAAUGUUCUAAAAUUUACCAAAGUUAAUAAGUAUACAAAAUACUCUUACUCUUUGCAUACUCUUCAAACUGUUCUUGAUUAUGGGAGCAUUUUUAUUUUACUUGUUAUGUUAGCUGCCUGGGGAUUGUUUGUGGAACAGGUGAUGGCAAGUGGGAACAUCCCUUAUCGAUGUAAGCUUUGUAAAAAUUGUGACAAUCCUAAAAUUGUGUUAAUCUUUUCCAAAUACUGACCAAUACAGCAAAACAUUUUCCAAGAACAGACUGUUCAGAGAUAUUUUUUCAUUAAUUAACUAAAAUAUUAAUAAAGUGUUUGCUUCAGAGGAAAAAAUUCAUUGCAAACUCUUUAUGACCAGGCCCACUUCUUUGUUCUGUAUUUGUACUGUUCCCAGCAUGACUGCACAAGUAAUAAAUAAUAAUACCUCAAAACAAUUUGACUUAUUUACCCAUCAUGAAAUAUAAAAAAAUUGGGCUUGUGCUUAUCUUUACCAUUUAAACACUGUAUGCAUUUACUCUACUCAUUUAAUUGAUUUUGUCCUAGCAGAGUGUCCAGACGGUCUUUCUUUUAGAUGCUAAUAGCAAUUAACAUUGUACCAGACCUUGUGUGUAAUACAGAAGUUAUUUUAGUGUAAUGAGACUACUUGGCUUCUUUGUUUAUUAUGUAUAGAAAAAAGCAAAAGCUAUUAACAGUCUCCAUAUUAAGCAUC